GCCAUUUUGGGUUCCGUGUGGAGCAGCUUCCGCUGCCGUGAAAUAAACAAGGGGGCGGGACGCCUGUUCGGCGGGGCGACGCUGCUUGCCAGAGCCGCUGAUGUGGUGGGCGCGGAGGCGCCAGUGUGGCCCGGGCCCGGGUUAGCGUGAAACGCAGCAGGGAGGAGCCGCCGCCGCCGCCGCCAGAUUCAAGUGUACACUUGUGGCUGGAAAAUAGAGAAUCAGAGCACCAUCAGCCCCUCCAAAUGAAACGAGGAAGAAAAAGUAGUGAGACUAACAAUAGUUCAUCAGAGGAAGAGAUUGGAGGAGAAUCUAAGAAACAAAAGAUUGCAGAUGAAGAAUCCACUGAAAUCUCUCUGAGUCCUGAUUGGGGUAACCUCCUUCCAGACAUUAUCCUGCAGGUGUUUCAGUACUUGCCUCUUCUUGAUCGUGCUCAUGCAUCACAAGUCUGCCGAAGAUGGAAUCAGGUGUUUCAUAUGCCUGAUCUCUGGAGAUGUUUUGAAUUUGAACUGAAUCAACCAGCUACAUCUUAUUUGAGGGCUACGCAUCCUGAGCUUAUCAAUCAGAUUAUUAAAAGGCAUUCCAAUCAUCUACAGUAUGUUAGCUUCAAGGUGGACAGCAGCAAGGAAUCAGCAGAAGCAGCUUGUGAUAUUUUAUCACAACUUGUGAAUUGCUCUUUAAAAACUCUUGGACUGAUUUCAACCGCUCGACCAAGCUUCAUGGAUUUACCUAAGGUAUCACAUUUUAUCUCUGCACUGACAGUGGUGUUUGUAAACUCCAAAUCCCUCUCUUCACUUAAAAUAGAUGAUACACCAGUAGAUGAUCCAUCCCUGAAAGUACUAGUGGCUAACAACAGUGAUACACUCAAGCUGUUAAAAAUGAGCAGUUGUCCUCAUGUUUCUCCUGCAGGUAUCCUUUGUGUGGCUGACCAUUGUCAUGGUUUACGUGAGUUGGCACUGAACUACCAUCUCUUGAGUGAUGAGCUUCUGCUUGCUUUAUCUUCUGAGAAACAUGUCAGAUUAGAACAUUUGCGCAUUGAUGUAGUCAGUGAGAAUCCUGGACAGACUCACUUCCACACAAUUCAGAAGAGCAGCUGGGAUGCUUUCAUCAAGCAUUCUCCCAAAGUAAACUUAGUCAUGUACUUUUUCUUAUACGAAGAGGAGUUUGACCCAUUCUUCCGUUAUGAAACCCCUGUCACCCACCUUUACUUUGGGAGGUCAGUAAGCAAAGAUGUACUUGGUCGUGUUGGAAUGUCAUGUCCUCGAUUAGUUGAACUGGUUGUGUGCGCCAAUGGAUUACGGCCACUAGAUGAAGAGCUUAUUCGUAUUGCGGAACGCUGUAAGAAUCUGUCAGCUAUUGGCCUAGGGGAGUGUGAAGUCUCGUGCAGUGCCUUUGUUGAGUUUGUGAAGAUGUGUGGUGGCCGCCUCUCUCAGCUGUCUAUAAUGGAAGAAGUCUUGAUUCCUGAUCAGAAGUACAGCUUGGAGCAGAUUCAUUGGGAAGUGUCAAAGCAUCUUGGUAGAGUCUGGUUCCCAGACAUGAUGCCCACAUGGUAAAGUCCUUAAAGACUUCAGGGCAUGUGAAAUAGCACCUUACAUUUGAGAAUACCAUAUUGCAACUUAUCACAAGCUUAUUUAAUAUUAUAAUUUGUAUUGUAAUGUCACUCAAUUGAUUAGAAAAUUGAUGCCAUGUUUAGCACUAAUUUCUGAAAUCCACAUUUUCUAUGCUUAAAUCUGGAUAUUCCAGAAACCACUUUCAUUCUAAUAAAAUUAGUCUGUUUUAGGUUUUCUCACUUUGCCAUUGACAAUGACCCUAAAUUUAUGUAAAUAAUAAAAUUUGAAAACCUUGACAUAUUUAAAAGUUGUGGUUGCAAAAUAUUAGCUCCGAAUUACAAUAUUUUAUCUGUUACUUUGAUAUAGAUAUUAAUAGUGAACAGACUGAUUUGUAUUGACUUACAAAGGGAGGUGAGAUUGAAUGCUUUUACUGCAAAUUAUAGCAGUUACCUAGUGUUUAAAUGACAUGAACUGCCUGAACUACAGAAUUUUAAGAUUACAUGGAGCAUUUAGUAGGCUAUGAAACUCAUACAUUACAUAGUAGUAAAUUAAGAGGCAAGACAACAGAAGUAUUGUUUAGAAACUUUAAAAAUAUUAAAUUAGCUAUUUAUUUAAUUUCUGAUUAGUAAUUUGCACAUGAUAUAUUUUAUAGAUGAGGGUUACCAAAAGCUUUUUUCCUCUAUUCAUUUUUCUACUGUAAACUUGACAUUUCUAGGGUCUUCAGAGCCAUUUCUAAACUUGUUUUAAAAUAUUAAUUACAGCUCAGAAAGCUGAAGCAUUCUGGAAGAAAUUGUAGAUGUACUAUAUUUUGACACUGGUUGGAAUUGACGGGCUUUUCUCAAAAGUUAAAACCAGCCUUACAGCAUUUGAUUAGCUGGAGUACUGUAUAUAUUUCUAGAUAAGAGGAAGCUAAAAAUGUGCAGAGAAAUGUUGAAUGUAAUAAUGGCUGUUUAAGUAAAGAAAAUAGAGUGGAGUGAACACUGAACUUUUUAAAAGGAGUCUAAGGAGCCAUUUGACCAAAAAAAAAAAAAAA